AUGGCACUCGCGACGUUCGUAGACCUCCCGACCGAGAUCGUCGAGACCAUUGCCGCGCAUGCCGCCUCUGACUUUACGCCGGCGGACACAUGCGCCGCCCGCCUGGCAUGUCGUGCGCUGUACGUGAACCUAGAUGCGGCGUUCUACGCUGUUUUUGCCCUAAAUGCGGCGCUGCUUGACGGGCCGCGCGCGCUGUGGAACGUGGACACACUUGUCGAGAGGGCGGCCAAGUGGGUGAAACAUGCGACGACGGUGCGGGUGUGGCGGUCCGCGGGUGCUAGCAGCCGGCAGAAGAAGAAAGGGAGGACAGGUGAGUGGUAUGACGGGACGGAGGAGACAAUGGCGGCAGUGAUGCAGUUGCUAAAUAUGCUGUCGCGGGUGGAGACUGUCCAAUGGGAAAUCAACGCGGCAGACCCUGCCUGGCUGCAGGACGCAUUGCGGUGGCACGUGAACUGCCACUGGCAGAACACACUGACGACACUCGACAUCCGCUUCCAUAGCUUUCCGCUCAACCAGCCGUUACCCGACCUCUCAUACGUCACCAAUCUGCACACUCUCAGGUUCCGCGGCUCGGCGCUGGGCCGGCAGCCAGUCGGUCCAGCGCGCGUGCUACCCGGCUCCUCCACUGAGGUGGCCCGCCUGCUAGCGGGUCUCCUCCAACAGAACCCGCACCUAACUGUGCUUGAGGUUCGGCUUGAGCCGGAAACUGCCGUGCACGGGGUUGGUGCGGAAGACUUCUCGCCGGAGCUCUGGCGUGGCAUAAACGAUGACGUGCUGUGCCGUCUCACUGAGCUGCACAGCAACGUGCCGGCCUGGCUUCUCGGGAAGUGGGGCCCUGGAUUGCAACCUCUAGCGCUUAGGGUUCUGGUGCUGCGGGAGACAAGGCCGUGGGACACCGACGUUUUUCUCUUCAACCUACUGCCCGGGCUGCCCUACACGCUUGUCGACCUUGAAGUCAGCUCUGUGUACGAAAGCCGCUGGAGCGUUGGCCGGAACUGGGACGACAUGGCAGUGCUAGAAAAUUGGAAGAUGGCCGCCUUGGAGCGCCUCACGGUGUCCGUCAACGCCGCCAACGUACUGCCCGGAAACCAUGGCAACAUGGAUGUCAUUCCUUUACUGCUUAGGAUUGCAGCAGAUGCUAAAUCAUUUCGCUCGCUCCGGACGCUGGCUAUCCGCUGCUCGUACCCGAAGGACAUGCGAUACUCAACCUGUGGACCGCAGCGCGCCGAACAUGCAGCUGGUAUGCGCAGCGCCAUUCGACAUUCGUUGGAGGAGUUCGGCGCCAGCGCUGUGGACUGUCUGCCAGAAAUUUGGGAAUGGGAUGUGUACAGCGAAAAUGUGGUCGUGGAAUUGUUGAGGGGAGAGGGAGAGAGUGCUAGUGGCGCGGAGGAUGCGCACCGGGAUGUGUGGUAUCUCCUCCCGCGGCACUUUGAGAGGAUUUAG